AUGGCUCGCCACGGGGAUACUCGCUCACCAUCUCCUGUAGGCAGCACACACUCUUCAUCCAAGCGGAUUCGCAGAGAUGAUGACCGUUUUGAUCGAAGCCGGCGGGAUGAGGGACGCAGCUAUCGCCGAUCCCGCAGUCCAGAGCGCCGAUUCCGUGGUCGCGAUAACGGGCGCGACAGAGCCGGCUACCGACGACGUGACCGCUCCCUAGACCGGCGCGAUGAAGAUACCUACCGACCCAACCGAAGAGAACGAUCUCGAGACCGUCGACGGUCUAGAGAGCGAGAUGACUUCCGCCGGAGAAGCCGCGAUAGAGAAUACCGACCCAGGCGAGAUGAUUCACGCGACCGCGAUCGCAGGCGCACGGAUGAUUCUGCUGACCUGAAACCCAAGUCUAGACGGGAGGAUAGCCGAGACCGCGGGUCGAAUCGGCAGUCGAGGUCUCGAACCCGUGAACCAUCUAAACCAUCCACGCCCGCACCUGCGCCCGCUGCUCAAACGGACGAACAGAAGAGAGCCGAGCGACUAGCGAAAUUGGCAGCGUGGAAAGAGAAGCAAGCAGCGGAGCGUGAUCGCAAGGAACAAGAACAGGCCGCGGCUGGUCCUCGGAACAUCUUAGACGCAAUUGACCGGAAAUCCGUGGCUUCCCCUGCUGUUGCCUCACCUCAAACACCUGCGACGCCCACCGAAUCUGCGGCGUCAACUCCAUACCCUGGGAAGUUCGACCCUAAAGCUAUCGCAAAGAACCUCGUAAACUCUGCUGCAUCGCCCGCUGUUCUUGGAAACGAUGUCGCUGUGCCUCAAAACACGAAAGCCCCUCCGAAACCAUCACCUAUCCCCACCUCCGCCUCCGCUUCGGUUAAACCCAUAGGCAAUGUGGGUGGUUUUGGACUGGGAGGAGCAAAGACGGCCUCUGACAAAGAGAAAUCCACAGCGACUCGGACACUUGGAUUUGGUGAGGAGGAAUCCACGCGUAAGAAGUUCGAGAGGCUUCCUACUCCUCCCCUUGAUGAUGGCAAAGAUAAUGCAGCAGAUGAUGCCGGAGAUGACGAUAUGGAUAUGCACGAAGAUGUGGCCGAGGAAGACGCCGAAGCUACUGCCCGAGCAGCAGCGGAACGCCGGGAAGAGCGACUUCAGAAUGUCAUUCAGUCAGAAAGCGACGGACAAACCGACUCGCAAACAAACGGUGAUGUCCAAAUGACAGAUGCGUCAAACCCGGAAGCCGAAGUUGAAAUGGAAGUAGAUGAGGAAGUUGAUCCUCUAGAUGCCUUCAUGUCAGGACUAGCAGAAACAGCACCACCGAAGAAAACAUUUGGCGCCAAAUUUUCCAAGAAGAAGGAGGCACAACAACCCCAGGCCAUGUUCGGUGACGAAGAAGAUGUGGCCAUCACCGCCGUCGGAGAUGAUGAUGCCGAUGAUGUUCUCGCCAUUGCCAACAAGAAGAAGAAAAAGGAAAUCCCCGCAGUUGAUCACGCGAAAGUCGAGUACGAACCAUUCCGGAAGAUGUUCUAUCACGAGCCAGCGCACCUCGCAGAAAUGAGCGAGGAGGAGACCGCCAAUCUACGUCUUGAACUCGAUGGUAUCAAAGUUCGUGGUCUUGAUGUUCCAAAACCCGUACAGAAAUGGGCCGAGGUCGGACUAGGUGUACAAACUCUUGACGUUGUUCAACGACUUGGCUACGAAUCCCUCACUUCAAUUCAAGCCCAGGCCAUUCCUUCAGUAAUGGCUGGUCGUGACGUGAUUGGUGUUGCGAAGACUGGCUCGGGAAAGACAAUGGCAUUUCUCAUUCCGAUGUUUCGACACAUUAAAGAUCAACGGCCUCUUGAGAAUAUGGAAGGUCCGAUCAGUCUGAUCAUGACACCGACCCGUGAACUGGCGACUCAGAUUCACAAGGACUGCAAACCUUUCUUGAAGGCGUUAGGUCUUCGUGCAGUAUGCGCUUAUGGUGGUGCUCCAAUCAAGGAUCAAAUCGCCGACUUGAAGCGGGGAGCAGAAAUUGUCGUAUGCACCCCGGGUCGCAUGAUCGAUUUGCUUGCAGCAAAUGCAGGCCGAGUGAUUAAUUUGCGACGUGUUACCUACGUUGUUCUUGAUGAAGCCGAUCGUAUGUUCGAUAUGGGCUUUGAACCCCAGGUUAUGAAGAUCAUGGCCAACGUAAGACCAGAUCGUCAGACCGUCCUUUUCUCUGCCACCUUCCCUCGAAAUAUGGAAGCUUUGGCUCGCAAGACCCUGAAAAAGCCGGUCGAGAUUGUAGUUGGUGGUAAGAGCGUUGUCGCCCCUGAAAUUACACAGAUCGUUGAGGUCCGCAACGAGGACCAGAAGUUCUUCCGUCUCUUAGAGAUACUGGGCAAUCUAUACGAGGAUGACGCAAAUGAGGACGCGCGGGCGUUGAUCUUCGUGGACCGUCAGGAAUCUGCUGAUAACUUGCUCAAGGAGCUCAUGCGCAAGGGUUAUCCGUGUAUGUCCAUCCACGGUGGAAAGGACCAGAUCGAUCGUGAUUCUACUAUCGAAGAUUUCAAGGCAGGUAUUUUCCCAGUCUUGGUUGCUACCUCCGUUGCCGCCCGUGGUCUGGACGUGAAGCAGCUCAAACUCGUCGUCAAUUACGACGCACCUAAUCACUUGGAGGACUAUGUCCACCGUGCCGGUCGAACUGGUCGUGCUGGAAACACUGGAACCGCCGUCACUUUCCUCACUGAAGAACAAGAUCGGUAUUCUGUGGAUAUUGCCAAGGCGCUCAAGCAGAGUGGUCAGGAGAUCCCCGAGCCCGUUCAAAAGCUCGUUGAUGGUUUCUUAGAGAAGGUCAAGGCUGGCAAAGAAAAGUCCAUGGCCUCUGGAUUCGGUGGCAAGGGUCUUGAGCGGCUUGACCAGGAGCGUGAGACCGCCCGGAACCGCGAGCGUCGUACCUAUAAAACCGGUGAAGAGGGCGAGGAAGAGGAAGAGAAGGAGGAGAAGAAUGCUAAGGAUGAGGAGCGCUUCAACAAGGCUCUUUCGUCUGUGCAAUCUGCCGCUGCUCCGGCUCCUACUCAGCUUGUCGGAGUGCCUAAGGGCAUUGAUCUGGAUGGCAAAAUUACUGUGCACAGGACAGAGAAGGACCCGGCGGGCGGCUCUAAGAACCCACUUGACAAGGUCGGCUCUGCCGUUGCUGAUAUUCAUGCUCGUUUGAGCCGAGCUGGUGUGAUGAGAUCUGGUGUUCCCAUCGAUAACCGUGGACCAGAUGCUGGCGCGUUUCAUGCCACCCUUGAAAUCAACGACUUUCCCCAAAAAGCUCGUUGGGCCGUCACAAAUCGCACAAACGUCGCCAAGAUUCUCGAAUCCACCGGUACAUCCAUCACUACGAAAGGAAAUUUCUAUGCAGCUGGCAAAGAACCUGCUUCCGAGGAUGCGCCUAAACUGUACAUCCUGGUUGAGGGUGAAACUGAAAUUACCGUUACCAACGCCAUGCGCGAGCUUAUGCGUUUGUUGAAGGAGGGUACUAUCGCCGCCGCUGACAGCGAUGCUCGUGCUCCCGCCAGUGGUCGUUACAGUGUUGUCUAG